UACUUCUUCUCGCGGCGCUCCGCUCCCGCCCUCCCCCGCCAGUGCCGAUAUUUUUAAGGGAAAAACGAGUUACGAAGCGCGUGACGGAGUGAUACGCGCAUUUUCUGUAUUAAUGUAAUUUAUGACCCAAUCGGGCUUCACAGCAAGGCCGCUUGUCUCGCUUCUGCGAAGGAGCGCGCCCAUUCGCACAGUUCGCGCGGUUCCGUACGAGAGCACGCUGCCCUCCAACUGCUCCUCUUCGCGGCGCUCAGCCCGAGCGCGUCGCCUGCGCACGCAGCCAUAUUCGGCAGUUGAGGAGGCUGGGUUUGGCGCGCGUCCAGCUCUCGAGGGCCGAUUGUUGUGGAGGCUGUCACGUGAGUAACUUAACAGCGGGACGUCCCGCGGCCGCGGCUUCAUAACAAACAGGGGGAGCGCGCGCGGCUCGCUCGCAGCCCAGCCCUGGACUACGCCUCCGGGUGCCCUGUCGUGUUACACCCGGGCGCGCGCGCGUGCUGCGAGAGCCGUGCGUGCGAGCGAGCAAAGUUCUCCUCCGGGACCGUUUGGUUUGAUGCGAAGAAGCUGGAAGACUCCGAAGAGUGAGCGCGUGCUGCGAAUAUGGCGGGGAUCUCCUCCGAAUCGGACAUCGCGCCUUUCUCUGGGGAGGAAGUGAAGCCGCGGUUGGGGUCGGUGCGCCGGAACCUGUUUGGCCCCGUGGACCACCAGCAGCUGCAGCAGGAUUUCCAACGGCUGCUCCGCAUGAGCGUGGAGGAGGCCACCAGGAGGUGGAACUUUGACUUCCAGAGCGACCGGCCGACCCCAGGCGCCACGGAGUGGGAAGAGCUGCGGUGCCAGGAUGUUCCGGCGUUCUACCGCAGCUGCAUGGUGAAGAGCGGGGUGGGGCCAAGGGCGGAGCCUCCGAGCAGGGGGUGCGGUGGAAGCAGCCCACCUGUGGGAGAGUACCUGGAGAUAACAGCCAGGGAGACGUACAGGUGCUGCGAGCAAGAGAAGCGGGUGUCUGUCGCUGCCACCGGCAAACGCAGGCAGGCAAUCAUUACAGACUUCUUUGCUGUGAAGAAGAGGAGGCUUCUUCAUCCCAAGGGCCACGCUCUCCAGUGAGCAGUGAGAUGCGGACUAGGAGUAAUCGGCGUUGUACAUACCAGUGUAUAUACUUCCUUUACCUGUAACUAUGUCAACUUUGAGCUAUAAGCUUGUUACAUAAUAUGGGCUUUAAAAACAGCCCACUUUUUAAAAAAUUUUUUUUUUUUUUAUUUGAAACCACCUGAUUUAAUUAAGGGUCUGUUCCAUACAAUAAGUUAACCUUUUUAUUACUUUAUGGAAUUUUUAUUCUGAAAAAAUGCAGUUCUGGCAAUACAGGACAAACUGCAGUUGUGUGGGAAUAGACCAUCUGUCCCCCCCUU